UUGACAGUCUGUUAACGUCCUGAAUGGAAAAAGGCAGUGCCCUGGGAUUAUUAUUUUUUUCUCACUCACUCACUCACUCACUCACUCAAGUUUGUUUACGUGUCCUCUCCUCGGCAUGACUAAAGAGAGGGAAUGCUCCGCCAGCAGAGAGGGCAUCUGAUUGCCAUUAUGCACACAAGAGGAAUUGACGACUCCGACAAGCAUCCAGCCGCCGCCGCCGCCGCUGCUAGCUAGCUUGCUCGGUAGCUAGCCGUCCGUUGGAGACGAGCUAACCGUGGCUAGCCAGUCGCUCGCUGCCUGGCUAACUACAAUUUAUUCGCCUAUACGUGGCUGUUUUUGUGUUGUCCAUCUGUCUACAUAUUUUGGUGUAACGUAAACGGACAAAAUGGAGCUGUUCCAAGCCAAAAACGACUACAUCCUCCAGAGCGGCGACCGUGCUCUGUGGUGUAGCCGAAAAGAUGGGACCAUGACCGUCAGACCUGCUACAGACCUGUUGUUGGCUUGGAAUCCGGUAUGCUUGGGUCUAGUGGAAGGUGUCAUUGGAAAGAUACAACUUCACACAGAGCUUCCUCUCGGCCUUGUAUUAAUCCGCCAGAAAGCACUGGUGGGGCAUUUACCAGGAAACCACAAAGUCUACAAGAUCACCAAGAUAGCUGUGAUUCCACUAUCUGAAGAAGAGCCCCAGGAGCUUGAGCUUGAGGGGAGCUUCAUGGAUGGUGAGACAGAAUAUUUUCAACUUUGCAAGAAGCAUCACUUUGGAAUCGACAAACCAGAGAAACUGGCCCAGUCUCCUGACGAGUCCAAGUUCCUGAUGAAAACUUUAAGUCAGAUCAAAUCCAAUGUGGCCGUGCCCAUCAAGAAAAAGUAUUCCCCUGCCUUCCAGGUCAAAGAAAACAAAGAGAAGGAGCGCUUGGAGAGGCGGCUGCUUGACGAGCUGUACAAGAUUUUCAUGGACUCCGACUCCUUCUACUACAGUAUGACCUACGACCUGACAAACACUGUGCAGCGGCAGGGAGACUCGGACGAGUCCAACUUGCCUUUAUGGAAACGGGUGGAUGACCGUUUCUUCUGGAAUAAACACAUGAUCCAGGAGCUUAUCGACCUUCAGGUCCCAGAGGUGGACUUCUGGGUGAUACCCAUCAUUCAAGGCUUUGUGCAGGUGGAGGAGCUGGUGGUGAACUACAACGAGAGCUCUGACGAGGAGAGGAGCAGCCCCGAGACCCCGCCACAGGAGCUCACCUGUGUGGACGACAUCCACCCUCGCUUCACAGUGGCCCUCAUCUCCCGAAGGAGCCGCCAUCGCGCAGGGAUGCGAUACAAACGCAGAGGGGUGGACACAGAUGGCCAUGUGGCUAACUAUGUGGAGACAGAGCAGUUGAUCCAUGUGCACAGCCACACUCUGUCCUUUGUGCAGACUCGCGGCUCAGUACCCGUCUUCUGGAGCCAGGCGGGGUACCGUUAUAAUCCCCGGCCGCGUUUGGAGAAAGGAGAGAAGGAGACCAUUCCUUACUUUGCUGCCCACUUUGAAGAACAGCUUAAACUCUACCAGAAGCAGGUCAUUAUUAACUUAGUGGACCAAAGUGGACGUGAGAAGCUGAUUGGCGACGCAUAUCUGAAGCAGGUCCUCUUGUACAACAAUCCAAACCUUACCUACGUCUCAUUUGACUUUCAUGAGCACUGCCGAGGUAUGAAGUUUGAGAAUGUGCAAACACUGACGGAUGCAAUCUCUGAUAUUAUAACGGACAUGAGGUGGGGCUGGGUUGACCAAGCAGGAGUCAUUUGCAAGCAGGAGGGCAUCUUCAGGGUCAACUGCAUGGAUUGUCUUGACAGGACCAAUGUGGUCCAGGCGGCUAUAGCGCGGGUGGUGAUGGAACAACAGCUGAAGAAACUCGGUGUGAUGCCUCCAGAGCAGCCUCUACCGCUUAAGUGCUACAGGAUUUAUCAGGUCAUGUGGGCAAACAACGGAGACACCAUUAGUAGGCAGUAUGCAGGAACAGCUGCCCUAAAGGGAGAUUUCACCAGAACAGGGGAAAGGAAACUGGCUGGUGUGAUGAAGGACGGCGUGAACUCAGCUAACCGCUACUACCUGAACCGCUUUAGAGAUGCAUACCGGCAAGCAGUCAUUGACCUAAUGAUGGGCCUGCCAGUGACAGAGGACCUGUACUCCAUUUUCAGCAAGGAGAAGGAACAUGAGGAGAAAGAGAAAGAGAGCCAAAGGGGAGCCCAGGAGCAGGUCAGCCUCCUGCUUCAGACCUACAUGCAGCUGCUUCUGCCAGAUGAUGAGAAAUUUCAUGGGGGCUGGGCCCUCAUCAACUGUGACAUGAGCCUUGUAGAUGCAACCAAUAAAGAUGUGGAUGUGCUGCUGCUUCUGUCCAAUAGUGCUUACUACAUUGCCUACUAUGAUGAAGAAGCAGAUAAAGUCAACCAAUACCAGCGCCUCAAUUUAGAGGGUUUGGAAAAGAUUGAAAUUGGUCCGGAGCCCACUCUUUUUGGGAAGCCAAAGUUCUGCUGUAUGCGCCUACAUUACAGGAAUGAAGAGACAAGUGGCUACUUCCACACGCUACGGGCAGCAACUCGAAAUCCUGAGGAUGAUGGAAAAGACACAUUACAAUGCAUAGCUGAGAUGCUUCGCAUAACAAAACAGGCCAUGGGCCUAGACCUGCUUGUGGUUGAAAAGAAGUUGGAGAGGCGGCAUAGUAAACCUCAUGAAGAUAUAAUGGGCAUCCAGGCCAAAAACACUGACCAGGUCCAUGGCAGUUCUGGUCUGGCACAGGGCAAAAGUUUCCUCCUCAACAAAUUCUCCUCUCUCAAUCAAAAAGUGAAGCAAACCAAGACGAACGUAAACAUUGGGCCCUUCAAGCCCCUUGGCAGGCUUGGCACCUUCUCCAAGCCCGAUGUGAAGGUGAACUUCUUAAAACCCACUAUGCACGUCAACUUGUGGAAGUCGGACAGCAGCUUGGAGACAUCGGACAGCAACCCUGGAGCUCUGAAAGACCUCGGUGAUGACAACUCUGAAAUCUCCUCUGAUUCUGACUCCUACAACUCUGACCCAGAGCACCCGUGCUCUGGCUCCUUGGAGAAUGUGGACUAUGUGCUGCCCAGUUGUGGCAUUGUAGCUUCAAACCCACGACUGGGCAGUCGCUCUCAGUCUAUUGGUAGCGUUGAAUUAAACAUCCCCUCGGUCAUCCGGGUCACUGGCUGUGACGGUAAGCAGGAAAGCUCCUCUCAAGUCAGUGACGACAAGUCCCCAGGAGCUGCCUCAGUGGCUGAAGAAGCCAUUUUGAUUGACUUUGGAACCCCCAUCGAUGCCUACUGCCACCAGUUUGUUCAGGAUGCACAGACCAAACCUGUUGAGGUGUUUGGAGAGCAUCCACCAGCUGCUGCCGCCCCACACAACUCCCUGGUGCCUGUGCAGACCAAGGGCCCAGCAGACUCAGACAAGCAGGCCGGCCCAGAGCAGCAACAGGCACCACAGGAGCCCCAGCUCCCCAGGCCGUCCCAGCUCGAUGUCCAGUCCACUACCUCCGGCUCUAGCCUCCUCACCGUCCAGAAGCCCAGCUCCGCGGUCUCAGGAGGCUCUCAGAGGAGUCUGUGUUCUCAGAUGGAGGGCAGCUUAGGCCCAUCGCCUGCUGACAGCAACGGCAGCCGAGUUGUGUCCCCCUUUGCCAAGAUCAAGAGCUCCAUGGUUCAGGUGGCCAGCCUCACCCAGGCGGGACUCACCCAAGGCAUCAACUUUGCUGUGGCAAAGGUGCAGAAGAGCCCAGAACCGGAUGUGGUCAACGAGGCCCAAGAGAGUGAGCUGAAGGCAAUGUUUACACAGUGCCAGACCAGGAUCAUUCAGAUCUAACUCUUUUCCUUGUAGCAGGAUUUUGUAGUAGUAUAUAUAAAACAUCCAGUAUGGUAGCAGUAGCAUAAGCUUGCACUAAGCGACUCUACUCGAUAAGAACCCCGCUCUUAAGUUUGCCCUUUAGUUGAACUGACCCACGUUUACUCUUGUACAGAAGAUACAGUACUUAAGUCCAACAUGACACUGACUAUGUUUACAUGCACACAAUCAUGUAAUUACGCUUCUGGUUAAAAGAACGCUUCGAUUAAUUGGAGAAUUGGUCCCAAGAAUUAGUCCCAUUUUUUUUUCGGACACAAGAAAUGUAGCACAUAUCCCUAUUUUCAUGCUUUUCAAUAUUCCACUCUCCACUCAUUGAUAAAAUAUCAGUCGUCCCCUCUCCUGUGAGCAUAAAUCACUUUUCUCAAGUCAUUUGAGAAACUGCAGUAAUGAUGAUACCAUUACAUUUUGUUACUUCCAUAUACAUGUCUAAUUAGUUAUCCAUACUGUUAACUUAGUAGCUCUAACACCUGCAGGCUGGAGAUAAAGGGAUAUAGAUGAGAAGUUGAAAGCAGGCAGUGCAGUAUGGUCAAAGUACUGUAUGUUGGGAAUAAGACAGUUUUGAUAACCCGUAGGAGGUGUUGAUACAUCCAAAAUCAAAAACAAAUACGGCAGCUCUUGCAGUGAAAGAUGUUUUGUAAGUUUGGUCUUUAUUGGUUUAUUGAUACUCAGAUUAUGAGUAGCCAAAGUGACAUAAUUCAGACAUAUAAUUAGAGAUGAAUUUGCAUACUUCAUAUUUGAAACCCACACACUUCCAAAAUCUGGACACACACAUUCAAACUUGAGUAUUUCUGUGCAUGUGAACAUAUCACUGUCCCUGAGUGUUUGAGGAACUCUUCUCAGUUGAUUUUCCCGUUAUGGUUGCAUGUAAGGUUAAUGGUAAAAACUGACUUUGACAAGGCAGGUAAAUAUUAGCUGCAUGUAGAAAGACCAACUCCCAAGUUAUUAUGUACUGUAUGUGUGAUCUCCUACGUGUAGGUCACCUAUUGGCUUUCGUGGUAUAGAAUCUGACCAAAUGUCUUUUGUGACUUCCAAGGGACAGUUCUGUGUUAAAUAUUACCCUUUGUAUAGCUGUCAAAAAACAAGCAAGACUACAUAGUUAGGCCUAUGUAAUAUCAGUGUUGUCAAGUGUAACCUAGGAAACAUACCAUUAUAGAAAUUAAUGACCACAAAAGAAACUUAGUAAGAGUAUACUGGUUGUUGAUAUGUACAGUAAGUAUUGUAUGUCUAUCUGUUCCCUGAGUAGAGCCUUCCCAUUUAUCAAUAUAUAUAUAUAUAUAAUCUAUAUAUUUAUGGACAUAAAAGAAGUUUAUCUCCGUACACUUUAGCUUUUGAAAAGAUGCUAGAGUGACAGCUUAAGAGGUAAAAGCAUUUUAUUUUGAAAAGGAUAACUCCAAACAGUGAUCGCUAACCAUGAAUAACCAGGAAAACACUGGACUGAAAUGUUUUUUUUGACAGAUAUGUGUAUUGAAUUUGCUAUCAUGCUAAUGGUUGUCAUAAUUAACACUGAGGGUUUGUUUGAUCUAAGUCCUCAGUUGUAAAUUAACGUUGCAUGUUUGACAAUGACUGGAGAGUAGCAUAUAGGUAUAUGCAAUUAGCCCAACCCAAACUUUAAAACACUGUUCGAUGCUUUAUGCACUCCCUGAAUUGAAAGCAUAUUUGCCUUAACAGGAAAUUGAAGUGGGAUUAUGUAUAUCAGGUAUUUAUGGCAAAAUCUACUUUUUUUUUUUUUUUUUUUUAACCUAUUCUUACAUGUUACAUUUGUGUACUGUAUACAGAGAUCAUGUUCAGGGUCAGCAAGCUUUAUCUUGGGAUAUUUCAUCCACUGGCCUUUACAUUCUCCAUUGUGUAAAGAAGCUCAGGAAAUGAGCAACUUUGAGAAAUGUCAACGUUGUCUUAUGUAUGUGUGUGUGUGUGUGUGUGUGUGUGUGUGUGUGUGUGUGUGUGUGUGUGUGUGUGUGUAUAUUGUACAGUAAGUGUGGGUUUGUGUGUUAGAGCAUCCCUGCUGCUGCUGCUGGUGUUUAGGAGUGCUGCCGUUAGACCUCUAUAAGAUAAAUCACGUGCUGUAAAUGUUGGUAUGUUAUAUACUAAGUGUUUUUUAUUUCUUCUUAACCUCAUUAAAAGGUUUUGCCUCAUGGCUUUACGAUGGUUUUCAUUCAAGCUCUCCCUCAGGACCUUGUUGAAAUGAGAUUGAAGCUUGAUCUGAUCCAGCGGCCACUUUGUUCUAGUGUUGCGUAUGUUUGAUGUCUAUUUAUGCUAAUGAAUAACAAUAAUAAUAAUGAUAUGGUCCGCCUUGAGCUGGAAUAUCCCAAGAUAAAGUGUCACAAGUCACCUUUCAAGUUUUGUGUUUUUGUACUGGUUGAUAUUAGCCUCUGUUUUCUUGCUUUUAGCUUGCUCACCAGCAGCGUUAAGGCCUAGGAUAGCUGUGUAUUUGACCUCAAUCACUAAUUGUGUUACAGUGAGCCUGUAGCCUGUCCUGCUUCGUGGGUGCUGCAUUGUAUCGUGGGGUGGCUAUGAGUUAUUGAACCUGCUGAUAUUGUCUGGUGCUGCCAAAGCUUUAAGAUGAUGGCUGUAAUGCAAUAGGAAUGCAAGGCUUCAAUGCAAACUUUGUUCAGGAAUGCAAAAGUGGAGUAGUUCUCAAUUGGAGCAGAAGUUAUUCUGACCUGAACUGUAUUUUAGGAAAAAAGAAAGAAAGGAACAAUUAUUGAUAACAUUCCUGUGAGAGUAGACCACUAUGCUGAAAGAGUGGGAUCUUAAUUUUUUAUAUGCAAAAGCUGGCAUAGUUGAAUUUGAUCUGAUGUUUGCUGGGUGAGGUUUUUUUUUUUUUUUUUUUACUUUACACCAAGUGCUUUUGAAACCACCUGUUCAUUUUGUUGUCUGUGGUUGGCUUCCCCUCCCAUGAGGACCCCGUCCAUGGAUGAUGUUCCAUGACAUUUGCGAGAUCAUGUGAUUAGAGGUCUAAGCAUAUGAUUGCACUGCGUUCAAGCACAUGUUCCAGCAUUAGUACCACGUCAUCUGAAUGUCUGUGGUUGUAGUUCACUUAACUGACUGUUGUCAUUGUUUUCCAUUGGUGUACUCAGAUUUUAUUGUAUAUUAAAAUAUCCUAUUUAUUCUUAAUCCUCUUCCUGCGUGUUACUUGAUAACAGAGUGCGACUGUGCACUUUGGUCCGGGAAUAUAUUCCGUUGGAAUAAAAGUAUAAGAGUGAA